AGUCAGGUCAACAGCAGCACUUUGCAGUAGCCAUGCUCAGCCUCAUCAAACUCCCACAAGUCUUCACCAUCAACCAGGUGCCCAAAGUCUUCCAUGAGGACAGCAUCAUCUCAGGCUACCGCCACCCCCGCAGCUCAGCCACCGACUGCAUCCUGAGCCUCUUCCAGCUCACCAAUGAGACGCUCAACAUCUGGACACACUUCUUGCCGACCUGGUACUUCCUAUGGAAACUGAUGACGGUGGUGGUGAUACAGACGGCGUGGCAAGACACCUUCACGUGGCCCCUGGUGGUCUACCUCCUCUCCUGCUGCAUCUACCCGCUGGCGUCGAGCUGUGCUCACACCUUCAGCAGCAUGUCGGCCCGGGCGCGCCACAUCUGCUUCUUCUUCGACUACGGCGCCCUCAGUUACUACAGCUUGGGGUCAGCAGUUACCUACUCAGCGUAUGUUUUCCCUGACAAGUGGGUGGGCAGCGUCUUCCACCGCUGCUACCUCCCUGUCGCUCUUGUCAACAGUGUGAUCUGCACCUCCCUGGCCUGCUAUUCCAGGCUUGGCUUACCCUUCCUACAAUAUAAUCACGAUAUCGUAAAAAGAUUCCCGGAGUACCAGAGCCCCAAGUUUGGAAAAAUCCUCCGCGUCUUCGCCUUCGCCCACCCAUUCCUGUUUGACAACAUUCCUCUCUUCUACAGGGUGUUUGUGUGCGUAGGCGAGGGCUGCACAGACAACGACACCAACAUCCUCCACUACUACCACAUCGGCCUGGCCUUCCUCACAGGCUUUCUUUUCGCCACACACUUGCCUGAGCGCCUCGCCCCCGGCAGCUUUGAUUACAUAGGUCACAGCCAUCAGCUGUUCCACGUGUGCGGCAUCCUGGGUACCCACUUCCAGAUGCAGGCCAUCGAGCAGGACAUGGUGACGCGGCGCCACUGGCUCCAAACACAAUCCUUACCCGUCAGCUUUGCCAACUCUCUGGGUGUGGCGGGGCUUUGUGUGGUGCUGAACCUGAGCAUCAUUAUCCUCUACAGUCUACCUCUCCUCUUGCCGUCUGCCGAGAAUCAAAACAUGGGAAAGGUCCAAAGACGGCUGCCACCAACCAAGGCCUGUGCCUGCGACUAAUGACCAAACAGCAUGUAGAGGUGAAAAUGGGGAUUUAUCAGGUGAUGUUCGUUUAGUAAAAUCAUCUUGAGAUCACUACUGGACUGUACGAGGGCCGAGUGUUUGGCCUUGGGGCAUCACAAGCUGGCUACUGCUUUUCUAAAUCUGACUGGAAAACUCUCAGGGUGUGUUUCUGUGUGUUUCUGAUGAAUUUGCUGGAAAAAUGCUGAUGAACCAUGAACGUGACCCUGCUCUCUCCGCUCCUCUGUGCCGAGCGGUGUUAGAUGUGUGGACAAACUCGAAAUAAGGGCAUGCGUUGAGCAGACUCACAACGCAGAUUUGAAGAAAUUUUGGUUGCCGUUAAUGAGUGAUGAAUGUAAAUGUUUCUCAGGAAACUCCUGCCUAAAAAAAAAAAGCUACAAAGAUAGCAGGCUACCUGCUCUGAUCAAGUGUUGCACAUAUUUAAUAAUUAUGGAUCAUGCUUGGCUCUUGUUUCUCUGAUUUCCUAACCACUUGUAGUACGGAGUAUGAAGAGAAACAGUGUGACAUAAAAAAUGCUUAUUUUAAUUGCAAACUGUAGUACUGAAGUCUGAUACAUUCACAUAUUUAUUUGUGUCAGUUAUUGUUGAUAUAAAAAAUCCAAUCCUAGAUUAAAGAUUGUUCUUAAAAAAUAAUAUUGUAUUCCACAAAUUAUAACCAUUUCCCCCAAUGGAUGUAUCUGACAUUGUCAUAUUAUGGCUGUCUUGCAGAAACAGAGAAUAUUUAAGUGCCAUUUAUUCUAUUGCUAUUUAUUCAGAUUUUUUUAUUCAGAUUCUUUUUAAUAAACAUCA